CUGGUCCGGAGUUCUCCCGGCGCCACUGUGUGGUGGAGAAGACCUCGCUGUACGACAUGGACUGCAGCGGCUCCCAGGUGCUGGUGGCCUGUCAGGACCGGAACGUCAGAGUCUACGGCGUGGACAGCGGGAAGAUGAGGCGGUGCCUGAAAGGUUCGGGCAGCGACAAAGGCUCCCUGCUGAAGGUCCGAAUGGAUCCAUCCGGGUCGCUUUUCGCCACCAGCUGCUCCAACAAAAACAUCGACGUCUUUGAUUUGGAGACGGGAGAGUGCGUGGCCUCGAUGUUCGGUCACUCAGAGACGGUCACGAGCCUGAGGUUCAGCCCGGACUGCCGCCGCCUCUUCUCCGCGUCGGGCGACAGCUGCAUCUUCGUGUGGAGGCUGGACGAUCACAUGACCAACACCAUGAGCAGGAAGCUGCCGCUCCGGCCCGCCCACCGCCGGCCCGGCAUCAGGAGGGAGACCUUCAUCACGGCUCCUGCAGCUCUGCUGCCCCCAGCCGAGGAAGAGGAGGAAACUGAGCGGCGGACCCCGGUCAGACUGGACACGGCCGACGACCCUCUGCUGCUGCAGACCAACGGGAAGCUGCCGCUGUGGUUCAGGAAGCUGCAGGCUGAAGGCGGAGCCUGCCCUCUCAACCAAUUAGAGCCCGCACCCCCCCAGCCUCAGUGCCGGUGGUCGAAGCGUGCGACCCCCCUCGUCGUUUGCUCCACUGAAUCGGAUCAGGAGGAAGAGGAGGAGGAAGAUUUUCACCCUCAGAGCCUGGAGCAUCUGCUGGGGGAGCCGGAGACGGUGGGGGAGCUCGGCAGCACCUUCAUGGUGUGCGGCGACAGCACCUGUACAGGUGUGGACAGAUGCUUCAGCAUCGACGACACCACCCAAACGCAGAGCCAGCUGGAGGCUGCUGGACAGGGGGCGGAGCCUGUGUGGAGCACGCAGCUGAGCCCGGACUCGGCAUGCUCUGAAGGCUCAGCAGGAAGUCUGGAUCAGCACCACGACCCAG